AGAGACAAAAGUACAUUCUUUAUCAUAGGUAUUCACGUGAACAGACGAUCACGACGUGUGUUGUAGACAUAUAAUAUGGUGUUUUACCAGUCCAAUUUGCUACCUGUAAACAAAUAUGUGAGGAGCUCACAUGUUAGCCUUAGCAACGCUAUGCAAUUCGUGGUGUGAAUUUUAAAGGGCUGAAAACGAAACUCUCUCUGUCGUCUUCUCUACCUCAGUCAGAUUUUCUACCAAGGAUAUUAUUAUUGGCUCAUGAAUUAAGAUGUCUUCGAAAGUAUCUACCCCUCGUUUGAUCAGCAAAGUUGGAACAAGAAUCUUAACGUGUGAACCUACUGAGCUCUAUAAUAUCCUCCAGCAGGCUACUGUCUUUCCUGCGCUAAGUGAUCCAAACUACCUUUUACUGUUAGAUGCCAGACAGACAAAUGAAUAUAAUGAAAGUCACAUCUUAACAUCCAAAAGAGCACCAAGGACUGCAGAAGACAAAUUUCUUGUUCCGUAUGGUGCAGAAAUUGAAUGCAAGAUGCAUGUGAUUGUCCUUGAUAACAAUACUACAAGUCUUUCAAAAAGAGAUAGUCCAGCCUUUAAGUGUGCCAAGGUGAUGGCAGAGGCAGGAAGUAGAAACCCAGUUCGGAUUCUAAGAGGAGGUUAUGAGGAAUUCUCUGCACUCUAUCCCUUCCUCAGAACACAGAAGAUACUAUACAUGCCACAAGAGAUGGAUGAACUUCGACCUUAUCCUGUAGAAGUACUUCCGGGUCAUCUGUACCUUGGUAAUUACCAGCAAGCAUGCAGUCCUGGGGUGAAGAAAGAUCUCAAGAUCAAAGGAGUGUUGCACAUCUCACAGGAUGCCGAGGAGUUGCAAGAGGGGCUAGUUGGAGUUGAACUGAUGCACUGUCCCCUGCCAGAUGGAAAUGAAGCAGACAUGUUAUCACAGUUAUCACAAGCUUGUCAGUUCAUAGGAAAGCAUGUAACAGAGAAAAAUGCAAUUCUUGUGAGUAGUGAGCACGGGAUAAGUCGGAGUGCUGCAGCGAUCCUAGCCUACCUUAUGUAUCAUUACAAGUGGACUUUACAGAAAGCAUACAAGCAUCUGCAGACCUGCAAGAGCAACAUCAGACCGCAUCGAGAUUUCAUUUCCCAGCUCUCGAAAUGGGAGGAACAGAUAUUUGAAGAAGGCGUACAGACAGAUAUAUCAGACCCAUACUACUGAAGGCAAUGACAAUACUUUGUUAUAGUUCUCAGGCAGCUAAUUCAAUACAAUUUUUUUUUGGAACUAUGCAAUAUAUCAAGAAUAAAGAUCAAAGCAUGAGCAUGUGUUUUUUAUGAAAUCUUUGUGCUUGUUUAUAAAGUAUAAAGGUGUGUGAAAAAUUAUCGUUACAUCAGUACUGCCAUAUCUUUAUGCAACCUUUACUGCUAAUUUAUGUUAGAAUUAUGAUUGAUUUAGAGCAAUCUAAACUAAGGAUUGAAUUUAAUUGUAAUCAAAGUCUUACAAUUAAUCUGAAGUUGUGAUUGAUUCUAAUCCAUUAUAACUCUUUAUGACAUGGCCUAAAAGCAUUUCAUCAAUGUAGUGCUGGAAUUGGAAAGUAAUUGUUUAUUUUUAAUAAAAGAUCUGGGGGUGUUUCACAUAGAUUUAAGUAUGACUUAGAGUCGCACUUAAAUACCAAGUUGCGUGCAGUAUGAAAGGCUUGACCACAAUGGUCAGAUCGUGUCAUGAGGACGCGCACUACUGUAUCUAAUAAUAAGAUCGCGCGUUGCAUUUUAAGUACACGUCUGCAUUUAAGUGCGACUUAAGUCAUUCUUAAAUCUUUGUGAAACACCCCCCUGGAACAUUUUCUAUUGACAAAAUCUGCUGUACCGUUUGUGCCAAUUUUUUCUAUUGUAAUAUACUUCUCUGCUUUGGAAUUAAAUGUGAUCAAAAAGAUUGUCCACGUGGGCAUUUAUUAGUUGUAUCUUUACAAAAUACAAAACCAUUGUUUUCUAAUACCUUGGUCCACCGAAUAAUUGCUGGAGGUAUUACUGACAGGUUAUUUUGAAAGAAUGAUCAAAAUAUAUGCAAACUAUUGCCUUGUUCAUUUUUGUGUGAUUUAAGAUGUUUCUAUCCGGUAUUAUUAUCAUCUACAUGUACUUUCUUUGAUUAUGCAAGAAUUCGAUGAAGGUAUUAAGAGAAAUGAAGAUCAAGGAACGCUAAUUAUUCAUAUUGAACAUGACACAACUUUCAACAAAGGAUUUCAUGAUCAUUGUACUUAUGCGUUAAGAACGAAUCAACUUUGUAAUGAAAUGUUCAAAGAACUAUUUUCUCCACUUUGCAAUAUUUAUUUUGAUAUUUUCAUAUCCCUGCAAUGAAUAUUUAUUUGUAUUCUAUAUAAAAUGAUUGGUCAGUUCCAGGUGCUCAUGUAAUAAAAUAUAUUUUCCCCACUGUAUUUUCCAGGGGGAAAAUUUAGAACUCAAUGAUCUAUUGAGCAUGAGCAUGCAUUUCUCCCCCAGCAAAAAUAUUGCUAUAUGGAGCCACCGCUGAAUCACGGGCACGGUGAACAGCUGGUUGUAUCUAGUAGGAAACCCUUUCAGAAUGGGAGGUACAGACAACUAGGACAAGAUUAAAUGCUCAAAAUUUACCAUUAAAAAAUAUUCAGUUAAGAAUGUAAAUAACUUUCAAUCUCAACUUGCCUAUAUGUAGUAUAACUUUGUACAAAUGCACCACAUUAAGUUAAGAUAAUCUUAUCGACUUGUUCUUUAAAAUGAGCAGUGUUAGCAUGUCCUUUUUUCUGUAUUAUUCACAUCACUUCUUGCAGUUCUGCAUUAAAUAGCUAAUGUACUUUUUUUUUUACAAUGGUUUAACUUGUCUCUAUUUUCUGUGUUUUAAACAACCUUGGCAGAAAAUAAAGUAGGUGCUGUCUUUACUCGGGAAUUUAAAAUUUUUCAUGUAAUUUCUUAAUUAACAGUAUACUGGUAUUUCAUAUAGAAAAAUAUUGUACUCCUAGAUACUGUAGAUCUAUAGUAGGAGUACAGUGUGCAUAACCUGAGAUACUAUUGACAUAUUACUAUUGACAUUAUGAGCAUACCAGUAGUUGUUUAUAACCAACAGUCUGUAUAAUUCUGGGGAGAUGCAAAACGAACGUAUGAACAUUCCAAUGUUUACAAUGUGUGAGCGUUACAUGAUCAUGUAGAAUCAAAUUAGAAUAUUAUUUAGAAUAAAACCCAAAAGCGGAGCUGCCAAGUAUUACGGAUUUUCAGUAUUUAGUACUGAAAAAUGAGAAUACUAAUGGUUUCAUGCAAAGUACUGAUUUCUAAAGUUUCAGUUUUAUGUGUUUUCUGAUGGUAUUUCUUUGAAAAUACAGAUUUUCUCAGCAAAAUACUGAUUUUCAGCUUUAAAUAUACUGAAAUUUUCUUGUUAUUGGCAGCUCUGCAAAUAUUUAUUAAAAUUUAGUGGAAUCAUAAUUGUGACCUGAAUUUUGCGAUUGCGACCUUUCUUUUUUUUUUGCCUUGAUUUCUCUAAAGACAAGGGUAAGGAUAUAGAAGGGAUUUUGUGUUAAAAAAUAAAUGAGGAUAAGGAUUUUGAUAAGGGUUUGGUUAGAGGAGAGUUGUGUUUCACUUGAUACAGGAAUAUUGUACAUACAGUACCAACACUUGAAAAAAGAGCUCAAAGAAGGCUUACUUUCUGACAAUAUUGUGAUGGUCUAUUUUGAAUAUUUUCUGCACAAUAACAAAGGUUGUCUAUCCUUACAAUUAUUCAUGUACAAAUCUUCUACAUGAAAAAUCAACCAACAAUUUUAUCAAUUGAUGUGAACAAAGAACACUAUGCAAUAUACUUCCAUUUCUGUAUUCUUCUAUUUAUUAGUAAGCAAUGAUGAAUAAAUUUAACUUAUUUUGUAAAA